CUCAGUGGUGACUUCAGCCUCACUUGGAGGGGGAGGAGCAGGCUGGGAGGCUCUGCUCUGCUCCCAUGUUGAUGUUUGUUGUUUGCGAGGGUGGCAGCACUGUGUGUGUGUGUGUGUGAGGAGAGGGACACAAUGUGAACGGAGGGUCCGGCCUGUCUGCACGCUCCUUGAGAAAUGCUGCAACUUUUCCCCAAAACGCGGCAGAAUGGUGAAAAUAUCUGGGUGUUAUUCGCUCGUGGACAUAUGGCUGUGAGGUCCUGCUCGGCUCGUGUUGUGCGCAAAGACUCGUAAUAGUGUGUCUCCGAGCGACCGCCAGUCAGGAUGCUGGAGCUCGUCUGAGAGCUCCCCCGUCGUGCGGUCUUUCUCUGGAUUCUCCUUUUUUAAACCACAUCGGCGACGAGGUGCCACUUUCUGACUCAUUUUUUUUAAAAGCCUCAACUUUCUAAAAAUGGUGUUCUUCGCAUUGCCGUCGGCUCGUAACAAACCUGGAUAACGAAAGGAGUAGCUACGCGACAACACCCGAGCACGACGACCAGCGUUACUUUCCUUCGAGGCAUAUCUGCCCCGGGAUUUAUUCAGCUGCGGGGAUUUUAAUCAGCAAUUGAUGCAUCUCGGGGUAUCUGAGUCCAUGAGAGAGUGCGAGUACAGCCAAAUAAGUACUCGCAGCUCCACACCAAUGGAGACCCCUUACAAGAAAAAGACCCCAAGGAAGAGGAAGUGGGAGUCCUUCCCAGGUCGGAAUAAGUUUUACUGCGAUGGGAGGAUUAUGAUGGCCAAGCAGACGGGGGUUUUCUACCUCACCCUUGUCCUCAUCCUUGUCACUUGUGGACUUUUCUUCACCUUUGAUUGUCCGUUCCUGGCACAGCACCUGACCCCAGUCAUCCCAGUUAUAGGAGGUGUGCUGUUUCUAUUUGUACUGGGGACACUUCUGAGAACCAGCUUCAGUGACCCAGGGGUGCUGCCCAGGGCCACCCCAGAUGAAGCAGCCGACCUGGAGAGGCAAAUAGAUGUGGCUAAUGGCAGCACAGGCUACAGGCCUCCUCCCAGGACCAAGGAGGUGGUCAUUAACGGCCAGACAGUCAAACUGAAGUACUGCUUCACCUGCAAGAUUUUCAGACCGCCACGUGCCUCCCACUGCAGCCUCUGUGACAACUGCGUGGAGCGUUUUGACCACCACUGUCCCUGGGUGGGGAACUGCGUGGGAAGGAGGAACUACCGUUUCUUCUACAUGUUCAUCCUCUCACUCUCCUUCCUCACCAUCUUCAUCUUCGCCUUCGUCAUCACACACAUUAUUUUACACUCCCAUCGAAACGGAUUCCUCAAUGCACUUAAAGAUAGUCCUGCCAGUGUGCUGGAGGUGGUGGUGUGUUUCUUCUCUGUCUGGUCCAUAGUGGGCCUCUCAGGCUUCCAUACCUACCUGAUCAGCUCUAAUCAGACCACCAAUGAGGAUAUAAAAGGUUCAUGGUCUUCUAAAAGAGGGAAGGACAACUAUAACCCCUACAGCUAUGGCAAUAUAUUCACCAACUGUUGUGCAGCACUGUGUGGACCCCUGCCACCAAGUCUCAUUGACAGACGAGGCUUUAUCCAAUCGGACACACCACAGCUGGCACCACCAACCAAUGGCAUCACUAUGUACGGCGCCACCCAGUCUCAGCAGAGCCACAUGUGUGACCAAGACCAGUGCAUUCAGAGCACCAAAUUCGUUUUACAGGCUGCCGCCACACCCCUCCUCCAGCAGCAGAGCAGCGAGCCAGUCAUCCUGACAGCCUCACCUGAAAACGGAGGCUCUCUGCCCGGCCGCACCUCCCUCACCCUGGGCGGCCCGUGCACCUCACUCCCCCUCGGCCAGCCCACCCCUCCGACGUCCACCCCUAGCCUCAGCUGCCACGAGACCACGGACAUGCUGCCAAUCCAUGGACACAGCCACACACACAACCACAGCCACCCCCUCCAGGAGCCGGUGGCCCACCACCACUUUCUCACUCCAGAGGAAGUGCCAUCGCCGCCAGGUAUGCUCCCCUGCGGCAGCCCCCUGGGUCACAGCCACACUAUGCAGGCCGGCUUCUACAACCCAGCCAGCCAGGACUCACUACACGAGGACUCUGUCAGAGGAUUGGUAAAGCUCAGCUCUGUCUGACAAUGGGAUAUAUACCCACCUCCUCCCUCCUGAAAACAUGCAUCCAACCCAUGAAACUCUCUUGUGCCACGUUUGGACCAGCUCGCUCUCACCCUGAAUUAGUUUUCCUUUCUCUCCUCAGCGGGACGUGAGAACUGAAAAAGGCUGUGGUUUAAAUUCAGCUGCUAGAAACUGGGUGGAAUAAAACUGAACUGAAGUGAAACCAGUUGUCCUCAGCCAACAUCUUGCCAAACCCCUUUGCUGGAACAGGAAAGAUGUUUUCUAGCAUGGUGGCCUCUGUGACAACUCAGACAUACGCUUCUCUGUUUUUUGUUCUUGUUUUUUUUACUUCAAGGGAAGCAUAAUCCGUUAGUUUCUGGAAACUGGACAGGAGGGUUUGUUUUUCAAAGUGGCGUAUGUCUGUUGGCCAUGUCAAGCAAAAACAGAAGACUUGUUUUGACAGCACAUGACAUUUUUGGUCAAAAUUAUGAAUCUCUGUCAAUGGAUCACAGGUCUGACAGUUUUUUUUUUUGGUAAAACAAACUUUAGCCUAUUUGCCUGUUGCUGAUUGGACAGUGUCUUUUGCCUUUUUUUCUUGGACAUUCUCAGCAGUGCAAUGGUUGAUGUCAUGUUGCAUAUCAUCCUGCUUUUUCUAUGUUAAAAAAAAAUAAGAGACUGUUGUACUGUUCCAUGGUUAUUACAAAUCUUACAAAUUAUUAUAUUUCCUGUGGAUAUUAAUAAAACACCAACUUUUUAUCA